AUGUUAAUAUAUGUCAGAGACAAUCUUUAAUGAUACAUUUUUUUUUUUUUUACACAUUUCAAUGGGCUGAUGUUAAUGCAGGAAAUAUGUGCUUUUUAUCUUAGGAGCGGCAAAAAACAACAACAUUUUUUGAGAAGAUGCACCUGCAGACCGCGCCUAGUCGGUUGCUUGGAGACGAGUGAAGAUGUAACAUAUUUGUGUAGUAACUCCACUUGUUUCAGAGGUCUUCGAGCAAGAUAACAAUACAUCUAUUCAUAUACAUUGUAAAACGAUACAUUUUCUUGACAUAUUUUUGCCUGUAGGUUGGGAUGAAUCGCACGGUUCAAGGACAUUGCUUGCAUGCCACUUCGCCAGCCUGUGCCCCUGAUCUGAAUGAAGGCUGCGUCCAUGGCCAGCAAUGACGUUAUUUCCUGGGGGGUGGCAGUGGGAGCAAAGUACUGCAGUUCUAGGGAACAGUGUAUGCAAGUCUGACAUGUGAGCAUUUGGUCCGGAACAACCUGCUGCACUAAUUCCACAUUGUACGAAUUUAAUCGCAUAAAGAACUGUUUUUUGUUUUUUUGUGUGUGUGCGUGUGUGUGUGUGUGUGUGUUUUUAAAAAAAAUAUUUUUACCAUCGCACUUCAAGACAAAUUCAUUUUUAAAAUUCAGAUAGGUAUAUAUUUUUGUACCGCCCCGGUUCGUGUGGACGUUCAGGCAGAUUCAUAACGAACCAUGGCGGAGAGAAGUGGCCGGUUGAGCUUCGGUGGCGGGGCGCUCAACAGACCGGUGCCAAUGAACCUGUUCGCUACAUGGGAAAUAGAUGGAUCGUCCCCGAGUUGUAUCCCGAGGUUGUGCAGUCUGACUCUGAAGAGGUUGGUGGUCCUGAGGGAGCUGGAUAAGGAGCUCAUCUCUGUGGUCAUCGCUGUCAAAAUCCAGGGUUCCAAGAGGAUCCUGAGGUCCCAUGAGAUAGUGCUGCCCCCUAGUGGCUCAGUGGAGACUGACUUGGCUCUCACCUUCUCACUGCAGUACCCUCACUUCCUGAAGAGAGAAGGUAACAAGCUCCAGAUCCUGCUGCAGAGGAGGAAGAGAUACAAGAACAGGACUAUCCUGGGAUACAAGACCCUGGCUGUAGGAACCAUCGAUAUGGCUGAGGUGAUGCAGCACCCUACGGAGGGGGGCCAGGUUCUGUCUCUGUGCAGUAACCAGAAGGAGAUGCUGGGUAAAGUAGCUGAGAUCUGGAUCUUCUCACUGUCCAGUCAGCCGAUAGACCACGAAGAGGCCGCUCUGCAGGAGGGAACCAAGAUCAAAUGCUCAGAUACCUAUUCAGAGGAGGAGUAUGAGAGUUUCUCUUCAGAGCAGGAGGCCAGCGAUGAUGCUGUUCAGGGUCAGGACCUUGAGGAUGAUGAGUAUGAUGUAAGGAAACCAAAGAAGCACAGGAGGUCUAUCGUGAGGACUGCCUCAAUUACCAGGCAGCAGAACUUUAAACAGAGACUGGUGGCCCUGAUCAAGAGGUUCCGAGUCUCAGACGAGGUGUUGGACUCGGAGCAGGACCCGGCAGAACCCCCUCCAGAGGUAGAGGAGGAUCUAGACCUAGAGAGUCUGGACCUAGAGAACCCCAGUGACAGUGGACCGGAACUAGACGAUGACGACAGUGUCCUCAGCACCCCGAAACCUAAACUCAAGCCAUAUUUUGAGGGUCUCUCCCUCUCCAGUUCUCAGACAGAUAUUGGCAGCAUCCACAGCAGCCGGAGUCACAGAGAGCCACCAAGUCCGAUGGACCCAGACAAGACUAAGAGCAGUGGAGACAAGUUCCAGGUGGACAAUGUCUCAGAUAACGCUUCUCUUCAGGAGGAGCAACCAGAGGCAGUGACCCCCACUACAGAGCUGGAGAUGGACAACAUGGACACCUUCCUGGAGAAACUGCCCCCUACUGGCAAGAUGAAGAAGACCGAGUCCCUCAUCAUCCCUUCCAACAGGUGGCAGGAAGCUAAAUUGGCAGGGAGGAGAGGGAGAAGUACUUCCCUAAAGGAGCGCCAGCCCAACAGACCACAGAAUGAGAGAGCCAACAGCCUGGAUAACGAACGCUUGCUUGACACACGCUGCCAUCUACAGUGUAUUCCCCCUCCACAGAUCCCCAGGAAGACUGUGUAUGACCAGCUGAACCACAUCCUGGUGUCUGACCACCAUCUACCCGACAGCAUCAUCCUCAUCAACACAUCUGAUUGGCAGGGCCAGUAUCUGUCAAGUGUUCUCCAGAACCAGCACCUCCCAGUGGUGUGUACCUGUACUACAGCAGACAUCCAGGCCGCCUUCAACACCAUCGUCUCACGCAUACAGAGAUUCUGUAACUGUAACAGCCAGACGCCCAUCCCCAUAAAGAUAGCUGUGGCUGGAGCCCAGCACUACCUCGGUGCAGUCCUCAGGCUGUUUGUAGACCACCUCUCUUACAAGACCCCUGAUUGGCUGGGCUACAUGAGGUUCCUCAUCAUACCACUAGGAUCUCACCCAGUCUCCAAGUACCUGGGUACCAUCGACUAUCGAUACAACAGUUUAUUCCAGGACACUGCGUGGAGUGACCUGUUUCACAAGCCAGAAGCACCAGUCAUGGUGCAGGAGAGUCCAGACGUGGUUUCCAGGGUAACCCAGUAUAUGGUCGGGGCCAACGGAGCUCACCAACUCCCCAUCGCUGAGGCCAUGCUCACAUACAAACAGAAGAGGAAAAAGAGCUUUCAUUUUGAUUUUGCAGUAAGCCCCGAUGAGGACUCGUGUCAGAAGUUCAUUCCCUUUAUCGGAAUGGUGAAAGUUGGCAUCGUGGAGCCGUCAUCUGCAACAUCAGGUGACUCUGACGAUGCAUCCCCCAUGGGGAUGGUUUUCCACUCCUCCACCCCUCCUCAGGUGUCCCCUGCCCUGAAGGAAGCCUCACCCACCCCUCCCUCCUCCCCCUCCGUCAACACAAGCUUCAGUUCCUACAGUUCUCCCCAGGGGGAGCUGAUGGGACUACAGGUGGACUACUGGGUGGCUCCCUCCCCGGCUGACAGGAAAAGAGACGUGGAGAAAAGGGACUCGUCCUCCUCCAAGAACACUCUGAAGUGUACGUUCCGCUCGCUGCAGGUCAGCAGGCUCCCCCAGGCCGGGGCCCAGCCACAGCCCGCCAUGUCCAUGACUGUCGUCAUGAAGGAGAAGAACAAGAAAGUCAUGUUCCUGCCAAAGAAGACUAAAGACAAGGAUGUGGAGUCUAAGAGCCAGGUGAUCGAUGGCAUCAGUCGACUGAUCUGCACUGCCAAGCACCAGCAGACCAUGCUGAGGGUGCUGAUUGACGGCGUGGAGUGGAAUGAUGUCAAGUUUUUCCAGUUGGCGGCACAGUGGUCGUCACACGUCAAACAUUUCCCCAUCGGGAUCUUUGGACACACUAAAGGGCCUUACUAGCAGGCCCCGCAGGCAGCAACUAGAACUAGUAUCCAUAGAGACCGUUACCACAGUAGCGACCGUUGCAACAGUAGCGACCGUUGCCACAGUAGCGACCGUUGCCACAGUAGCGACCGUUGCCACAGUAGCGACCGUUGCCACAGUAGCGACCGUUGCCACAGUAGCGACCGUUGCCACAGUAGCGACCGUUACCAUAGACACUCAUCUGGAACUGAGGACGACGCCCCGCUCUCAUGUGCCAAUAGCCUUUAACCUCCCAGCCCCGGGCUUUGCACUGCCCCGCCCCCCAGUCUGCACUGCC